GGGUAUUCAGUAGCACGGGUGGGUUCAACAGUUUGACAGGGGAUUUUUCCUUAAACUGCAUCUUCCGCCCCUUCGCCUCUUGUUUGCCUCUCUGUCUGCCCGAGGUAACCUGGCGCACGACCCCCUAUCUUCCUUCUCCUCCUUCGGCUACCGCCUCCUCCCCCUCUUUCCCUGCCCCUUCCUUUUUCUGCUUAAUCUCUUCCUUACGUUUCUCUGUUUUUAUUCUUUUCCUCUCUUCUUUCUCUCUUUCUUUCUUCCCGCACUUCCUUUCUUCUCCUUAAAUCUUUCUUCUCCUUAAAUAUUUCUCUUCUCAUCACUUCUUCGCUCCUUCCCUCUCUCUCUCUCUCUCUCUCUCUCUCUCUCUCUCUCUCUCUCUCUCUCUCUCUCUCUCUCUCUCUCUUCCGCCUCCUCCUGUCUCUCCUCUUCUCCUCCUUGCAUGCUUGCGGGGAGCAGCUAUGGUGCAACUUCGGGAACGAAAGAAGCGGAUUGAUUAUGCGCAAGAGCAAUGGGAUAUUGGAUAUGAGGAAGGUGAUUACGCGGACCGGUACGAUGAUAAUGACGAUGGUCGGGGUCGCGGUCAACGACGGGAGCAUCGUAGAAUGGAGGUGGACGAAGAGGAGGAAGGAGGUGCACCAGAGGAGAGGAAGAAAACGGCGGCAGGGGGGAGAGUGCUGGUUGAGCGUGAGCGGGAGCGGAGGAGGGAUGAAGAUCAGAGAAGAGGGGCGACAAGAGAGCAGAACAUGCGCAACGAGGAAGGGGAGGGGGAGGGGGAGGGGGGGGCGGAGGAGGACGCCCUCCAGGGCGAGCACGGCGGCGGCGACGACGACGGAGAACUUAGGAGGGGCGGCGAUGGUGGUCCUGAGGAAGAAGACGACAUACUGAAAUCAAGGUCUGCCUUUGCGAAUGGCGAUGGUGACGACGAGGAUGAGGAUGGGAGGGAGCAGAUCUCGGGAAGCUCAGAGGAUGAUGGAGACGACGAAACUUUCGUGAAUGGCAAGAAGGGAGGAGGAGGGGGCGGGGGAGGAGGGAGGAAGGCAGUCGCCGGUGGGCGAUGGGGGAAGGCCAGGCGGCGAAGGAACCAGUGCCAGACCCAGUCCAUUCUGAAGUACGCGCAGCCGAACGUGAGUAAUGUGCAAGAUCGGCGCGAAGAAGAGAGCCACCUCAGAGACGAAGGAGCUUCUGGAUAUGGCGGCAAAGGAGAGGGGGAGAGAUGGGAGGCGAAAGCGACAAAAAAGACGGGGAGAGGAAGGGGGAGGCCGAGGAAGAAGCCGAGGGUGGUGGGAGAGGGUGGCAAGAUGGAGGAGGGGGGAGUUGAGGGGGGGGCCGGUGGGAAAGAUGGGGAAGAAGGGGUGCCCGAGGGGGAAAUGAUAUGUGGGAACGAAGCGAAGGCGGGGGAGGGAGGGGGAGGAGGGGGAGGAGGAGAAAAAGGAGGGGGGGGUAGAGGCGCUGGCAGGCCGAAGAAGGGAGUCCGCAAGGCGGCGGAAAUCCCCGAUUCGGUGGUGUAUGGAUGGGCGACACGUGAGAGAGACGACAAGCUGGCUAUGGCGGAGAGAGCAGACCUGCUUAGUGUCCCUCAGAGGCGGUCGUCUAGGGUUAGUGCUCGGCCGUCGAUGAAAGAAGUUUCAAGCGACGACGACGAUUUCGAAGAUGAUGAUGAUGAUGAUGAAGAUGAUUAUGAGGACGAAUACGGAGAGGAAAUGGAGGGGAAGGAGAGGCAGCAGAAGGGAGGAGCAUCGGCAGCAGCAGGGGAGAAAGGGAGGAAAGGUCACGGCUCUGCGAGGAUGAGCAGCAGAAGGAGAGAUAUGAUGGAGCCGGAUGCACAGGAACGACGUGGAGGAGGAGGAGGAGGAGGGAGAGAGGAGGAUGGCAACGCGGAAGAGGAUGGGGAUUGGAGCGAGAGAGAGGGGUCGUCGAGCGGCGAGGAAGAUGGACUAAGGGUAGGAGGGACCGCGGGAGGGGGGGGCGCUGCGGCUACCCAGGUGGAGAAAGUGCAGAAGAUAUUGGCGAUGAAGAGGCAGAGCGGGAAAGAGAAUGAAUUCUUCGUGAAACUGCAUGGAAGGAGCUUUAGAGAUUUGGCAUGGAUGAGGCAGAGUGAGCUGAUGAAUGUGAGCGCGAUGCUGACGACGCACUUUCUGAGGAGAUUGGGCGAUAUGGGGAGGAGGGAGGGGCACCUCAUGGAAGAUGAAGGAGGGCCAGCGUUCGAAGCAGAGUACACGAUGGUGGAUAGAGUGAUUGGAAUGCGGCAAAAGGGGAAUAAGAAGAGCUACCUGGUGAAAUGGGUAGGGUUGCCAUAUGCGGAAUCGACGUGGGAGUGGGAGAGUGAAUUAGUGCAGGGGGAGGACGACAGAGAAGCGAUAGCCAGGUUUGAAGCGUUGAAUGAUCCGCCGAGAGGAGCGCAGCAGAGAGGGGGAGGAGGGGGAGGAGGGGGAGGAGGAGGAGAGAAUGGAGGGACAGAGGACCUCAAGACAGAAUUCAAGGACGGAAGGAAGUUGCGCAGCUAUCAGGAGGAAGGUUUGCGGUGGCUCAUUAACAAGUACAAGGGCAGGAUGAAUGUCAUCCUUGGAGAUGAAAUGGGCCUCGGGAAGACCAUUCAGUCCGUUGCCAUGCUCGAGUAUCUUCACUGUCGCGGCAAUCCUGGACCGUUCCUCGUCUUAGCGCCUGUCUCAACGCUGGGUCAUUGGAAGCGUGAACUUGAGAGUAUCAGCGAUAUGAAUUGUGUGGUGUACAGUGGGACUGCAGAAGACCGCGAUUUGAUUAGAAAAUACGAGUUCUACUAUGAGAGGAAGGGAACAAGGCCCUUCAAAUUUAAUGUGUUGCUGACCAGUUUUGAAAUUCUCCUUAGAGACAAGAGCUGUCUUUCCAAGCCCUCCUGGCAGUAUGUGAUUGCAGAUGAGGCCCACAGGUUGAAGGGGUUGACUAACAAGACGACGUUGGCACUUAAGGAGCUUAGUUUCCGAGAAGGCGGGCUGUUGCUGCUGACAGGAACCCCCGUGCAAAACAACAUCAGGGAGCUUUACGGCUUGCUCAAUGUUCUGGAUCCGCGAACUUUCUCGGACGAGGAUGCAUUUUUAGAAAAGUAUGGCGACAUGAAGGAUGCCGAGCAGGUUCGUGAUCUGCAAGAAACUGUGCUCAGGCCGCGGCUCCUUCGUCGGAUGAAGGAAGACGUGGAGAAAGGACUUCCCCUUAAAGAAGAGGCGAUGGAGCUUCGCAAGCUUUGCAACCAUCCUUUCCUCUGCAAUGGGUUGGAAGAAGACAUGAUGGAAAAGAAACUCACGGAGCUUCAGCAGACCGAUGAUCCUGCAGCAGCAAAAAGUGUGUCGAUGGCACUGAUGCGCCAGUCAUCGGGGAAGAUGGUGUUCCUUGACAAGUUGUUGCCGAAGCUGCAAGAGGGCGGCCAUCGUGUGUUAAUAUUUUCGCAGUUCGUUAUCAUGCUGGAUUUGAUUGAAGACUACUUGAAUGACAGGGGUUACUCCUAUGAGCGGCUGGAUGGCAAGAUCAGAUGUCAAGAUCGCCAGGCUGCAAUUGAUCGGUUUAGUGCGGACGGAAGUAGCAAGUUCGUGUUCCUUUUGAGCACACGGGCUGGUGGUUUGGGCAUCACACUAACUGCAGUUCAGAACCUCUUGCGUACAAGGCCGCUUGUUUCCAGUUCUAUUCUUUGCGUGGCACAUGAGCUGAGCUUGCCUGGUCUUUUUUACUGGGAAUANCAGAAUGAUCUGCAAGCAAUGGCUCGUUGCCACAGGAUUGGGCAGACUAAAGAUGUGAAAAUUUAUCGGUUGGUGACAAAGAACACAUAUGAGGAGCAACUCUUUGAGUGCUCGUCACGCAAGUAUGGUCUUGAUGAAGCCAUUCUUGGCGAUAGAAUCGGACAAGAUAGGGACCCAGAACAGAACAAGGACAUUGAAGUCCUCCUUCGUGAUGGAGCGUAUCACAUAUUGAAGGAUGACGGUGCAGAGGAGGCACUUGCAUUUAGUGAGGAGAAUGUGGAACAAAUAUUGCAGCAGCGCACAUCCACACGGCUUAUAGGAGGGGGGGGAAAGAGUACGUUCUCUGUUGCAAAGUUCACAACGAAUGAAGAUGAACCAGCGACAAGCCCUGUGAAGACUAGCACAGCGCUGCCAGGGAAGCGGUUUUGGGAGGAGCUACUUCCGGAUGCUUGUGAAGCAGCACAGUUGGCUAUGAAGGCAGGUCCACAGGACCUUGCCCUGGGCCCAAGACGGAGAGCGCGUGUGAACUACUGUGAGAGUGCACGGAAGGUUGUCUUUUCUGAGGAAGAAGGGUCGUCUGAUGAUUCGCGGGAAGGAGAAGCAAGAAGAAAAAGCCGGGGAAGAAAAAGACAGAGAGACGAAAAUUACGAGGUCGCAUCCGAUGAGGAGUACAAUCAGAAGCCAUGGACUGACCAUGAUCUCAAACGACUGGAGGACAAGCUUUUUGUAUUGGGACUAGGAAGGACUGGUCAACUUGCGCAGGAGGCUCGUCUUGAGAACAAAUCGUUGGAGGAGGUGGAUGCUGUUAGCAAUGUGCUUGUGAAGUAUGUGGGUGAGGUGGUCAGAAAGGAAAUCGAAGCAUUGGAGGCUGGACUGAAUGGGAACGACAUCACCACUCCAAGUCCUAGCGCUGAAGAUGAUGAGGACAUCUUUAAUGUCGUUCCGGCCCCGGAGUGUGCCGCAGCAGCCUUGUCGGCUCCAAAGUUCCGAGAACGAAUGCGGCGGCAUGGGUCAAGGUAUUGGCAGCUUCUGCAUGAGAGGAAGGUGCUCAUGCAUGCCAUGAUGGUCUCAAUGGAUUACCCGCCGCCUCUAGCAAGGAGUCGAAAACUACCAGAAUGGUGGUCUACUCAAGAAGACCGUGAUUUGAUGCAAGGAGCACAUCGCCAUGGGCAUAAGGAGUUUGACAAGAUCAGAAAUGAUCCUACUCUUGUGUUUUGCUCGAAGCUGAAGGCUCUUGCGGAGGAAUAUGAGCGCAUUCAUUGCAUGCCAACAGCGAAGACCAGCAAUCCAAUGGUUGCCUCGGUUCCUGCACAGCCGACCGUGGAUCCCAGCGCUCGUCUCAUGGUACUGGCAAAUGGGCAGGCAGGAUUGACAUCGUCUUUGCCAGUCCAAGCGGGAGUGACAUCAUCAUUGCCUGGUCAUACAGGAGUGGCUUCGCCGUUGCCGGGACAAACAGGACUGGCGUCGUCGUUUGCUGGGCAAGCAGGAAUGGCACCGUCUUUUCCUGGCCAGACGAGAAUGGUAUCAUCAUCUUUGCCUGGCCAAGCAGGAAUGGUACCGUCUGUGCCGGGCCAAGCAGGGAUGGCAGCGUCUUUGCCUGGCCAGGCGCUGGGGAGUGCUGCUGUAUCCGGCAUGGGGUCGAGCAGUGCAUCUGGACUAGCAACGAUGACAACUGGGGGCCAGGUAGGAGGGCAUGCGGUGGGAGUCGACCCGAAGGCCAUGCAACCGUUUGGUGCUGUGGGUGGCCAGGCUUACCAGAGCGGGAUGAGCGCGGCAACAGUAGCUGGGCAGACUGUGGCAGGUGGAGCGCCGGCGCAGACUAUGACAGUACAGCCAGCUAAUAACUUUAGGGGGGACCAAGUGAUGGCUAGUGGUAUUGGCACACAUGUUACUUCUACGCCUUCCUCUAUGUCGGCGGCAGCAGGCUCCACCACAGGUCAAGCAACAGUGUCUACACACCCAAGCCAGCCUUCUGCAGAGAAUGGGUAUCGUGGAACCGACGACCCGACUUUCAAUAUGUUCGAGUAUGAUGAAGCAUGGAGAUGGCCUUCAAAUAGUGUUCUGCAGGGAAGGCUUAAGAAAUUGAUUGAGUUGCUGCCAGGAGGUGUCAGCGAAUGUGAAAUGAAGAAGAAGGCAUUGCUCGCAGAGGCACGGAAGCGUGCAUGUGAGAAGAGAGCAGCUGAAGAGGUGAAUUCGAGGGCACAAUAUAUCCCUGACCCGAUAUGUGUACCUAUGCCAGAUGCGGCUAGCAUGCGAAAUGCUGUGGGCGACUCUCCUUCUGUACGUGUCGCCUGCAAUGCGGAUCUGAACAGGCAUGCAACCGCUCCGAUGCCAUGCGCUACGCCUGGAUAUCCACGAGAGGCAACUGCUAUGGUUCGACAAGACAGCGGUGGAAGGGCCCCUGGUGGUGGCCAGGCUCCCCCCGGGCCGCAUAUGUUCCCUCAUGCUGGCAUGAGUGAUGCCGCAGGAACGGUGAAAAAGAAUGGAAAUGGAAAGAUCGUUGUCAGCGGACGUUGUGAUGGGGACGCAGUUCGUUUGCGGGAAUGCGGCAGUGCAGAGAUGAAUGGUGCUGUUUAUGCAGGCCCUUCCCCAUACCAAGCCUGUGAUUGGCGGACGAGGGUAACAUCUCCGAAUCACUCCCCCGCUGCUGUACCCCAGCAUCAACACAUUCGGAACGUUGCCAGUUCCUAUAAUAAUCAGAGUGGUCAUUCACUACCAGAUGGAAGAGCAAUGACAGAGAGGUUUGCUCAACCUCAAGCACAGCCAGGCAGCGGUUUCAGGGACCCAGGCCUGAGUAGUAGGCCUUUGCCCGGGAGCGUUGGUGGUGUCUACCAGACAGUCGCUGCUGGGGUUCCGGUCUAUGAUCAAGGCCAGGGUGGUGGCGGAUCUCAGCAUUCCUCUCAGGCGGCUGUAUUGCCGCCAUCCAGGAAAUCAAUAGAGGCACCUGGGUCGUCUGCGGACUGCACCGUGUCCCCUUACGCAAAGCGCAUGCGUGGGAUCGACCAAGCUGGAGAGACGAAGUAGGGGGUGCUUGUCCCACUCGACUUCCUUGAUGGGACUCUUCUAUCAAGCCCGUGUUUGACUGUCAGGGUGGACCCCUGCUGUAGAAGAAGGUGGUCAGAGCUGGGGGUGGUGAUAGGUGACAAAUAGGUAUAGUGGGUGCGCUUGCUCCGGCCUCCUACCUCCAUUCACCAAUGUCUGUUCGUCGUGUUCUUCUGGGUGUUGGAUGGACGGCGUUUCCCUCUACUUUUUUUUUUUUCUUUGCCACUAUGUCACUUUUUCCCUCUUGAAUUACCAUGUAUGUGUGCAGUUGGAAGGGGGUUAGGUUGACUCGAUUCGGAGAGACCACAUUUGUUGUGUGAUCUUCUGGCCGUGCCUCUUGUGCGGCGGCAUGGAGGAGCGCGAGGACAUUGUGUCGCCACGGAGCAAAAGGUGGCGUGACCUGCAAUGCGUCGGCAUAUGCAUUUGUAGAGUGCUACUCCCAGAAUGCCAGGUAGGAAGGUGUGUUCGUUGCUCUGUAGAACGGAGCUUUGGCUGCAUGUUGGCCAGCGAGAAAUGUCUCUGUUCCUUUGCUUCGUCGGGUCUUCUUCUGUUCGUCUAGUUUGUAGACUGGUGGUGAAUCUGGUUUCUGACUUGUGCAAGGCAACCUUGCUCUGCUUCGUGCGGUCAUCAGAGCAGUUAGUUGAUUGGCACACAGGUCCACUGUCUUGUGUCAGCCAUCUGAAGUGUUCUGUAGGUUUGGCCCCAUGCAUGGGACAGGAUGCACGCCCGUGUGCAUGAAUUAGGCUUCCUUUCUGUGCACCGCUGACGUCUACAUUGACGGCAGUCAACAGCUUGUAGAUAUAAAUUCUUAAUGCCAAUUGGCCUGUGUAACGUGUGUUUUAUGGUUCUGUGUUCUCUGAAUGCUACUUCGGAAUCUUGUUCGGGGUAACCAACCGACCCUGCAAAAGCUAGCUGCCUGUGGCUGAGUCGCUUGAGGGCUCAACGUCGGCCUGCAUGCCCAUUUUUGGUUGGCAUGUUUCUGCCUCUGUGUGGUGGCUGUUUGCUCAAUGCCUCGAUGUCAGACCGUCCUUGUGCCUGUGGUUGCUGGUCGGUUGGUUAUCGGUCGUGGUGGGAAUGAAUCGGGUACGGAGCGGUCUUAGUAUUUGCCUUGUAUGCCUGUCAGAGCUGAACCGGUCAGCUAGCCUCUCUUCAGCUCGUAGUACUCUGUGUCUUGUUGUGCUUGUUUAGUCUCCUCUUGCAUACAAUGUUUUCCUUCCGGAUGGAGGGACGCGUCAUGCUCGCGUCGAUGUGUUCCUACAUGCCAAAGUGUGGGCGCUUUGAGGUGAUUCGAUCUGAUCGAUGCAUGUCUUCCUGGGUGUCGAAGUGCGUGCGAUCACUCAUGUCGCAAGCAGAUACGGGCACAGGUGUAUGCCGCUGAUUGACUGCCGAUCGUGUUAGGGUCAUUUCUUGAUUGGUGACUUUCGAAAAAGGGGAUGUUCUAUAUCCGAGACUUCCUCGGGAGGACGUGUUUGCGUAUAGAUGUGUCAGUUGACUCAGUUGUGGUGUUGUUUGUUGUACUCCUCUCUUUAUGAUGUCAUGUCUUCCGUCUUUUGCUGCUCAUAGGCGCGUGGGACUGACUGUCCAUGCUAAAUUGCUAG